AUGAAUGCCCUAAAGUACAUUAGAAAGCUUUUUGAUGAAUCCGACAUUGGAAACACAUACCGCAACCCUGAAAAACAUACCGACAACUCGUUACGCCUACUAGACGAUGGGUUACUGGACACCACACCCCGCGACGAGACGCUGAAGGUAACAACCCAAAACCAACAAACCUCCCCCUUCCUCCGUCUCCCCGCCGAACUCAGAAAUCACGUAUACGAAAUCCUAUUCGGCCACCGAUCAAUCCACCUCAAAGACCGUACACCUUCGAAAUACCACCAGAUCCCCCGACCCUGCGUCACGCACAUCCGCCCCACUCAUCCCGACAACGAUGUAUACGGCCCCGGUAUCGAAAACGACCACACGCGUCAUCCGGGUAAACAAACACAUACAUUCUCCUUACUUUUCGUAAGCCGCCAGAUCUACGAAGAAACCCGCUACCUCCCCUUCAGCCUCAACACAUUCAGGUACGACGAACUACUCGGGCGACAGACCUGGCUCCGCUCGCUGGCAUCCCGACUCGCUGUCGUGCGGAAAGUGCGUCUUCAUGUUGAAGAGGAUUGGGGUUUAAACCGUGGAUUGAAGGAAGGUCUGACCAACGGACUGGAGUUCUUCCCAAGUCUCGAUAGUCUGGAGCUGAUUUGCGGGCAUAACCGGUACAAGGCAGGUGGGUUUGACAAGAUACUCAGAUUGGCGAAGAAGACGAAGCGGGAUGUGGAGGCGCUAGUCGGCUCCGAGGUCAAAUUGAGGAUUUAUAUCAGGAAGGUUUGGAACAUUCGCGAUAUGCAAGUCCACGAGCACCCCGCCUCAUCCCCCAUCUUACGGCGGGCCCUGAAAACCGCCCUACCCUACAGUGUCAACCUGGUCUACAGAAUCCAGCACCCAAACCGAACCGAACACGCCCACAUACUCGCCACAUUCUCACCGUCAGCCACAGAGAUCCCAGAAUGCUGGGUAGCAGCGUACCUCGACCGCUCCAUGCGCCCAGAGACCGAACUUUGGAUGUUUAGUAAUGCAGAACAGCCACAUCACUCGAAUGCAACACCAGAGUUUCGUCAAGAGAGCAAGAAGGCGAUAUUGGCAUUACUAGAAUAUAUGGCUACACUUCCUACUCCACCAAUGCGUUCCGAUAAUCUACCUGCUCUGGACCUGGCAAAGCAACACGAGAAAGACUACCCAACCCCACCAGCAUCUGGCGCAUACGGAUCAUCCCCGGGGACAUACAUGCGACAUCUCCUCAUGCCCAAAGUUGUUACGCUAGGGGCGUGCCAUCGCGACGUGGUUGAGAUACUCCGCGAAGCAGGAGUCUUACGCACCGAACUUCCAGGCCCUGAUGCCGAGCUGAACAAGUUCUUGUUCAAGCUUUCUGAUCUUCCAGAGACGCGAGAGCUACCCAAGGGAUUACGGUGGGGUGAAAUGCGCGAGCAGGAUAUCGAUGUCGUCAAAGCCAGGACGUCUAUUCCAAGGACGACAAAGACACUCAUAUCACUAAAGAGUGUGGGUGUUUUUGAAGAAGAGACAGACACAGCAGUAGCGUGGACAUUCCUCGGUUUAGACGGUUCUCUUGUUACGCUACAUACAGAAGAAGCAUAUCGAGGAAAGGGAAUAGCAAAGGCCGUUGCAGCGAAGCUGUUUCGACAGUAUGCCCCAGGGUUAGCAGUAGACGACGACGGGAAUGCAUGGUCACACGCGGACGUAUACUUGGGCAAUGCGCAAAGUGAAAGCGUUUGUCGAAGCUUAGGAGGAAAGCCGCUCUGGAGGUGCUUUUGGGUGCGGAUAGACCUAGAAAGGGCGGGUCAUCCUGCAAAGGCUGUCUGA